AAUGCGCACGUGCUGGGCGUCGACUUAAAGGCACUCCUUCGAUAUAAAGUAAUUUUUGACAAAGGAAAACGUGUCAAUUUCACGAGGUUGGAGUAAUAACAUGUUCAAUUACUUAAGACGUGGGCUCGAAUCUAGGUUGUGUAUUGACAUUUAUAGAAAAUUAACUAUAGAAUACCCUUUCACUUCUGUAAUUGAAUUGUUAAAUCAGAAACCCCGGUCUGUUCUGCUUGCUCUGUUUCGCAAGCGUUCCCGGAAGCCUCGCGAUGUUGCACCUCUGGCUUUAGAGACUGGGUUAGCAUUGUCUUGAAUAUAUUCCUCCGGACUAAACAUCGAGCUUGUUAACUUGGUCAUGGUUUCUACAUUUUACAUCAUAAAGUUGAACUACAACAUAAGUUUAAACAAGUUGAGUGCUAACUAACUACAAAAAGUAAAAGUUACCGGCUACGACAGCAGGAUAUUUACUCCCUACUAUCGCUGACGCCAACUAACGUGCUGGCCAGUUCGGUUGACUAACGACGUUAGCCACUCGAACCUUAGUAGGAGGACUAGUAUGAGGGAGGACGACGUUGCCAGUCAACGUUAUUAGCCAUGGCCAUGUUGUCUUAUGCUAGUUGUUACAUUACCUAGCCAGCUCUUUGUUUGAUAUGUUGUUCGCUUCGCUAGCCAAUUAUCAGUGUUGAAAAUAUAUGGCUGGCUAGCUUUGAGAACAUCGACAGCAGACCACAUUGAGACCCCUGGAAAUCAGCUGACAGCUGCAGGCAGCCAAGGAGACCAGUCAGUGAUGGAUCAACUCAAAGUCAAGGACCGAAUAUUGGAAAACAUUUCUUCGUCUGUCAAGAAGUUGCAGAGUUACUUUGCUGCCUGUGAGGAUGAAACUCCAGCCAUCCGGAAUCACGACCGGGUCCUACAGCGACUGUGCGAGCACCUUGACCAUGCUCUACUCUAUGGGCUGCAGGAUAUCUCCUCAGGUUACUGGGUACUGGUUCUACACUUCACCCGCAGGGAAGUGGUCCGGCAGGUAGACGAGCUCCAGCACAUAGCAACCAACCUUGGGCGAAGUCGUGCCUGGCUAUACCUAGCACUGAGUGAGAGCUCCUUAGAAAGCUAUCUCCGUCUCUUCCAAGAGAACCAAGGAUUGCUGCAGAAGUAUUACUUCAAAAAUGCAUUGGUGUGCAGCCAUGAUCACCUCACACUCUUCCUCACAUUGGUGUCGGGACUGGAGUUCAUUCGCUUUGAUCUGGAGUUGGAUGUCCCUUACUUGGAUGUGGCACCCUACAUGCCGGAGUACUACAAGCCCCAGAAUCUGCUGGACUUUGAGGAGCGCCUUCCCAGCUCUGACAGCCUUUCUCUGCUCUCCUUCACCUCCCUCACCUCUACCAACCUGGAGUGGGACGACAGCGCCAUCGCCCCGUCCAGCGAAGAUUAUGAUUUCGGUGACAUCUUCCCCGUGUUGCAGCAAGCUGCAGACUGGGAAGAGGGUGACCUCACCGACCCGGUUAUCUGUCCUUGCUCCAGCGCCUCAGACCUUCAGACGGUCUUCAAAGAUUCUGUGAUUCUCCGGGCUGCCAUCAUGCCAGUGAGGGGAACUUCCCCGCCCCGCAGCCCCACCAGACACAACCCCUUCAACGAGGACUCAGACAACAACACCUCGGCCGACAUCACCCCCGUCCACACUGCUAGCCGCCACUCCCACGACACCACCACCACCGUGGACGACACGGAGAGCACCAGCAACGAGCUGGAGGUUAUCAGGAUGGCCAGACGAAGGAAGCCAGCCAAGAAGCGCCAUGUCGUGAAGGGCUCCAGCAACUCCACGGUGAGCAGUGAACAGAACACAGCGGCCUCCGAGCAAGCGGAAGUAGAAGAUGGAACCCAGGCGAGAGGGGGAGAGGGGCUGGAUGGAGACUCCUGUAGCCCCUCUGUGGGGCCGCCGCAGGGCUCAGGGGCCGAGACAGUGAGGAGAAGGAGAGGGAUGGGGGAUGAGGAAGGCCAGGAGGAGGAUGAGUCAGAGGGUCUCCUGCGGCUGCCGGAGAUGACUGACACCUCCAUGGACAGUGUGGGCCAGCCCCUACGUGAUGUUAUGAACCGGCUCAAUGGAGCUCUGGACGGGGGGCAGGCCUGGUGGCGACCAGACAGAGAGGAAGAAGAUGAGGAGGGGGAGAAGACCCAUCAGAGUUCCCUCCCUAGAAGGUCCUCCUCUGUCAGCCCUGAAGCCAACUCCCAGCCCCCGGGGCAGCAGCCCUUUCGGGGGGAUCCGAUUAUUGAGCCGCCUGACUCGGAAGCUGGGGCCCCCCUCCUGCGCCCUGCUCUGGCCCCGAGCCCCAGCUUCCUGCAGGCCCCUCCGGCCCCUGCAGACUUUUACUGCUUUAUCCCCCACAGUUCAGAUGCUGCUGCCACGCGUGGUGGCCACCAUGACACUGCAGGGCAUGGCCAGCCGCAGGCUCUUCCUGGUGGCCAUGAAGAUGAGAGAGAGGCAGAGGCACCACCAGAACAGGACCCCUUCUUAGAGGAGGCAGGGGUGGUCGAGAAUGGAUUGCCUGCUGGAGAAACUGAAGAGGACAGGCUCAGUCCAACAGAAAACUCCCAUUCUGCAGAAUUCAAGGUGGACAACAAUCACCUGCUACUGCUCAUGAUCCACGUCUUCAGAGAGACCGAGGAGCAGCUCUUCAAGAUGGUGAGGAUGAGCACGGGUCACAUGGAGGGAGACCUGCAGCCUCUCUACCUGCUGCUGACUGACUGUUACAUCUACCUGCUGAGGAAAGGUGCAGCAGAAAAGCCCUAUACAGUGGAGGAUGCCAUCUCUUACAAUGAGUUGGACUAUGUCUCUGUGGGCGUGGACCAGCAGACGGUCACGCUGGUCUGCACAAACCGAAGACGGCAGUUUCUCCUGGACACAUCCGACUCCUCGUUGACUAUCUGGUUCCUGGCAGCCCUGAAGUCGGCCAUGAUUAAGGGGUGCAGGGAGCCUCCUUACCCCUCGGUGCUGACCGACGCCACCAUGGAGAAACUAGCCCUCACUAAGUUUGUCUCCCAGGAGUCUCACUGUGAGGUUUCUGAAGUGGUCAUCCGCCUGUAUUCUUUGGUCCACUGGGAGGACCCCAUGGAUGUGACUCUGGCCCCCCAGACAGCAUUGGUGGGUGCUGGAGACUCCUCCAGCACUAAAGAGGGCCCCUUACUCUACAGAGCUGGCACCACCUACCUGGGCAAGGAGCUGUGGAAGAGCUGUUACCUCGUACUGAGCAAUGGGAAUCUGUACCAGUAUACAGAAAAGAGUGAUGCGACACCACUGAUGUCCAUCACUAUGGGGGGUGAGCACUGCGGAGGUUGCCGGCGCUCCAACAGCACAGAGCUGCCUCAUGCCUUCCAGGUGAUCCUCACAGAGCGGCCUCCUCUGGUGCUGAGCGCUGACAAUGAUGGAGACAUGUCCGACUGGAUGCUGGUGCUCUGCCAGUCAGUCUCCAAAGGGGUGAUCCCCCAGGGAGUGCCGCCCACGCCGUGUAUCCCCUGCUGCCUGGUGGUGACGGACAGGGAGCUGCUGACAUGCCACCAGGACUGCCAGACCAGCUUCUUCCGCUCACUGGGCGGAGCUGAGCUCUCUGACAUUCGUUCAGUCAGCCUGGAGGAUGACAAGGAGUAUUGUGUUGUUGAGUUUGCAUCAGACCGAGCUCAGUUCCUGCCUCCCUGGGUGCUGUACUUCAGUGGCUGUGAAGAGAGAGACCGCCUGCUGGAGGCACUAGAGAGUGUCUGGAGAGACAUUUUCCAGGUGUGUCUGCCUCGUAGGAGGGUGUCAGAGCCGUUGGUGCAGAAGCAUUGUGGCGAUGCCCUGGCUCUGAUGAGGAGCGCCUGGCAGAGGAGUGACAGCCUUGCCCGGGGACGCGCCCAGAGAGAGCCCUGGUGCUGACGGACAAACAGACAGGUGGACGGACAUAUAGGACAAAAGGCUUUCACUAGCACUCCUACGGACCAGUAUUUUCUAUGAGGAUUUUUUUCGAUCAUUGAAUGGCAUUUGUUUGGGAGAGUUUUAAUGGAAUUCACACCAAACCUGUUAAUUAUGACAAUCGCCAAAUAGAGGGAAACACACUCCGUUUUGUGUACAUCAUGAAGAUUAUAAGUAUACGAGGGGUCGCAUCAUCACCAGAGGUAGCGAGACGAAUGUCAGUUUGAAUCUCAGUUCACACUCCUGGCCUUCACAAAUAUCAAGCCUUUCCUCUUGUCAUUGAGACAGACGUUAGGGUAGGAAGUGCACCCCUUACCCUAUAGAAUAAGACGUUGUUCGCAAACAGCUUUAAGGUGUUAUUUUGAACCUUAACGACUGCACAACGUUUAUAGUGUGGUGUAUGGCACAGUAUAGUAUUGACUUAUAUUAUAAUCAAUCCGUACUCAAAUGUACAUUUCCCAUCCCUCCAUGAAUCCAGACAUACAUUGGUUUCCGCUUAUAUAGGUUGUCUAUUGAAAAAUACCUCACAAAACUCAACCCUUCUCUCCAAUGCACAGGUUGUGAUGGAUAUUUUGCUCAAGGAUCGACGGUCACUUGAAGUGGCCUAAACUAUGAAGAAUGUCUAUGGAGAGUUUACCACUUGGACUGUGACGUUAACAGCACUCGUCUAUUGCCUUUGUCAGCCAUGUUGGUUUACCAUUGUUUUUUUUAGUUAUGAUGGUUUGGCAGGUCAAAGUCAGUAUUGGAGUAUCAUAGCGGGGAAUGGGCUAACCUAGCAUGGAUAUACUUUUAACAAGAAGGAUGAGAGGAGAGACUAACUUGCCAUCGAAUGCGAGAUUGCACAUUGCUUUUGGGUUUGGUCCAUGUUGUUCGAUUUUGAGGGGACUGAUAAGUUCAUUGGGGUUGUGUGCAAAGUUCAUGUUCAGUGUUGCGUUUUAAUUUUAAGCAAAUAGUUGUUUAUUUGUAACACGACUUGUUAUGGUAGUGUAAUUGUGUGCAAUUUAUAAAGGGGAUAAGUUUACUUUAAUUUUAUUGUUUUUGUUCUAGUCUUUGUUAUUUGAGUGAGUACUCCUUUAUCAGGUGAGUGUCUGUCAUUGCAUUUUUAGAUGUUGAGAGUGGCCUGGUCAAGAUGUGGGAAGUGUCAAUGUCGUUAUGUUCUACGUCUGGUGGAGGUAUCAGUGCAUCCCUACUUUAUUAUUCUCCCUGUAGUUUUGAUGUUGCUCAGAAGAGAAGGUCGUCGUUAGUUAUUUCGUCCCAUUGGGAGAACACUCAAUGAAGUGGUAAAAUCGCUGUUGAGACACAACAGACCAUUGCUUGUAGUUAUACUACAAUCAAUCAAUAUGCAUUAGGGAAAAAAUCUAGUUGACUAGUGAUUAUACUACUUCAUUCAUAUGAUUUGUCAUUGCAUUAAUCCAAUUUACCCCUGAAACAAUCUAUCCCCAACCUCAUAUUCUAUUCAUACAUAAGUAAACGCAAAUCAUCCUCACAAAUAUUAUUUUGACAAUGUAGCUAAUUGCUGAUGUAGACAUGUCAAAAUUCAAUUUUUGUGUUGCUAUUGGCGAGAGGAGAAUUUAUCCAAUGCCAUUGCUAUCCUGGAAUUGCUAUCCUGGAAUUGCUCUAUCAUCAGGAGAAGGUUUCUGGAGGCUUUCAGUGCCCUUAAUCAUGUGCCCUUUUUCAUUACCUUAAUUUGAUUGGAGAUAAUGGCCUCAGGCCCAAUUUUUACCAAAUAAAGUAUUACUCUUGAAUGUGGCCUUAUACUGCUGUUGAGAAUUGGGCUUCUGACAAGUCAUAAUACACACACUGUUUAAGUGUCAGUAUAAGACCUAUGUGUGUUCCUUGUCUAACCAUUGCAUUAUAGUAAUAGUAGUAAACAUAUUCUCUGC